AUGGUAUCUUGGAAAAACAGCGCCGAAGAAAGGAAAGAAGCGUGGAAUGAAGAGAUGAAGUUAAAUGUGAAAAGUAGGGUGGGCAAACUGAUGAAAGAGAUUGCUGAGAUAACAACAGAGCUGGCUGAGACACUAAACCUGCAGGCUAAGAAACAAGAGCUAGCUAAGAAACAAGACUUGGUUAGGACAGCUUUGAAAGUAGAAAGCGAACAGCUUGAAAAAUCUGAGAAUCGCUCUUCAACUAAUACUGAGAAUCAGGCAUACGUGAAUACUAAUCCCGAUGGCAUCCCGCUAUUACCAUAUGGCAUUAAUGCGUGA